CGUGAUAGGGAGAAAAGAAUUCUGCCCUUCAGGACAGAUACCGAUGAUCGAUCUAAGCUGCCUUGCCUAUGAACUGGAAGAAUGGAUUGUUGUGAUGUACCUGAAGAAGUACCUUUUUCACGGGGUCAUCAUCUCACUGACAAUAAGUGCAAUAUUAGUUUUUUUUAUAGUUCCUUUAUCAAUCCUCUUUUUCAUUUACCUUAGUAAUAUUUUGCUUUUAAUAUAUCAGAGGAACGGUGAGGUAAAAGGAGAUCCCUUGAGUGAUGUCUGGGAUACUGCAAGGAAAACUUUAGCAAGCUUUUGGGAUAUAUAUGCAAGAAUAUGGCAUGGUUAUGAACUUCAUGGUGUGGAAAACCUACCAGAAGGACCAGGCAUUCUUGUGUAUUACCACGGAGCUAUUCCUAUAGACUACCUUUACUUUCUGUCUAGGCUGUUUCUCUGGAAGAAAAGACUUUGUUUGUCAGUGGCCGAUCAUUUUGUCUUUCGUUUACCAGGACUUAAAUUAUUACUGGAAGUGACAGGUGUUAUGCCAGGUACAAGGGAGGAGUGUCUCAUUGCACUGAAGAAUGGAUACUUGGUGUCCGUCUCACCAGGUGGACUUAGAGAAGCAUUAUUCAGUGAUGAAAGUUAUCAGCUUGUGUGGGGAAAUCGAAAGGGCUUUGCUCAGGUUGCUCUAGAAGCAAAAGUGCCCAUCAUUCCAAUGUAUACUCAAAAUGUCCGGGAAGGAUAUAGGACCUUUCUUAAAGAAAGAAGAUUUUUUAGACAGUUGUAUGAAAUUACUCGAUUGCCAGUUACUCCUCCAUACGGAGGACUUCCAGUUAAAUUUCGUACCUACAUUGGGAAGCCAAUCCCUUAUGAUCCCAAUAUAACUACAGAGGAAUUAGUUGAAAAGACAAAGACUGCCAUCCAGGCUCUCAUAAGCAAGCACCAAACAAUCCCAGGCAGCAUAUGGAAGGCUUUACUGGAGCGAUUUGAUAAACGUCGUAAAAGUGAUUAG